AAGUAGGAAUGGAACCGAAAUUUCUACAUUUUUCCAUUACCCACCGACUAAACCUACCUCGAGACUCCGUCGAACCUUCUCGACUUUUCCUUUCUCUGUACAUGGAUUCUCUUCUAAUUAUCUCUAUUCCACUAUAGAAGAAAGCCAAACCCGAGGAGUUCAGAUAUUGAUUCUGCGAUCAUUUCUAGUCCAUUUUUGUUCGUUGUUUCUCUCAGGCAUUUUCACAAAUGGAAGAGGAUGGAGCUGUAACUCUCUACAAUAGCAGCGCCAUUACAGAUGCCAAGAAGAAUCCAUUUUCACUCAAGGUAGGUUUAGCUCAGAUGCUUCGGGGUGGCGCAAUUCUCGAAGUCACUAAUUUACAACAAGCAAAAAUAGCUGAACAAGCCGGUGCUUGCUCAAUAAUGCUGGCGGAACCAAUGCGUCAAGGAAUUAAGCGCAUGCCUGACCCAUCCCUUAUCAAGGAGAUAAAACGUGCUGUUUCAAUCCCUGUAAUAGCUCGAGCUCGUGUUGGCCAUUUUGUUGAGGCCCAGAUACUGGAAGCCAUUGGCGUUGAUUAUAUCGAUGAAAGUGAGCUUCUUGCUUUAGCAGAUGAGGAUAAUUUUAUUAAUAAGCAUAAUUUCAGAUGCCCAUUUAUUUGCGGGUGUCAAGAUUUGGGGGAAGCGUUAAGAAGGGUAAGGGAAGGUGCGGCAAUGAUAAGGACACAAGGAGAGGUAUUAGGCCAUGGCAAUAUCGCCCUGACUGUUAAGAAUGUGAGAAAUGUAAUGAAAGAGAUUCGAGUUUUGAAUAACAUGGACGAAGAUGAGGUUUUUGCAUUUGCUAAAAAGAUAGCUGCUCCUUAUGAUCUUGUAGCCCAGACUAAGCAAAUGGGAAGGUUGCCUGUUGUGCAGUUUGCUGCAGGAGGGAUUAUGAGUCCUGCAGACGCAGCUUUAAUGAUGCAAUUGGGUUGUGAUGGGAUUUUUGUAGGGAAUGAGGUUUUUGAUUGCGCUGAUCCAUAUAAGCGAGUAAGGGCUAUCGUGCAGGCUGUUAGGCAUUAUAAUGAUCCUCACGUGUUGGUCGAGAGUAGCUGUGAAUUGGAGGAUGCAAUGGCAGAACUUAAUCUCAGUGGAGACAGGGAUUCAACAGUUUAAUCGCAGCGGGGACUAAGAAUUAUAGUUCUAAAUACUAGUGUUUCUUUCUUGUAUGCUAUUAAGAAUUAUAGAGAUUGGUGUAUCUUGUUAUUGUGUUAAUUUUGAUCUAUACAUGUUGUAUGCUGUUUCUUAUUGGCUGGAUAUAUAGACACGAAUUUGAAUAAAGUCUUGUGUUAGUGUUGUAACAGAACUGGAAAUCGCAUAGGUUUUCUUUAAGAGGCAGCGAAAUUGCAAAACCAUUUAA